CGGGAUCGUGAGUCAGUCAACUAUUCUUAGUGAAUGUUUGAACCCCCUGUUGCUGUGUGGGGGCCGCAUUCUGCAGCUUCACCACCAAUGCAGAAACCCGGUCCUAUCCUGACCAGGGUCAUCGAAGCUAUUAUGCAUGGGAACCGACCGUUUAUAUUGCAAUCGUGUUGAAGCUCCCAAUAUGCUAUAUAUUUCAUUUAAAUGUACAUCAUGAGCAGGACAACAUUAGGGCUGACAGGAGUCGUCGAAAAGCAUCAAGUAUCACCCAAUGACACCAGACUCUACAGAGAACGUGUUGGUACCUCUACACUACGCGACAGAUACGAACCCCCUAAUCUACAAAAACUUCCAGUUAACCCAAUGCUAGGAAACUUCGGUACAACCAGGAAUGCUAAAUUGGGGCCGCCCCCAACUCUCACCGUCGCACGCGAGCUUCCAUUUGCUCUCCCACAGCAUGACUACGACCAUGCCUUCAACGCAGCCACUCUCCUCCCUCACCAAGUUGGAAGGAAGUGGACAUAUCCAAUGCUACGCAUCACUUCGCCUCCACUCAUCCAGGCAGGCUGUGUACAUCAUGCCCCCUUUCGCCCCAACGAUACGGCCUUAUGCAGGAACCAGAUCACACCCCUAAUCAACUCUCCUUCGUCCUGCCAAGUUCACUGUCUCGCCGUGGGCAACAACAACAACAUGGCAUCACGCUCCUUUUCUUCCCAGUCCCUCUUGACCGGCUUUCUCCUGACACUCAUUUCCUCCCCCUUCGCCUCCGCUGAACUCACUCUCGCUUCUAAUCCCCAAACCACAUCCGCUCCCGUCGAGACCGUCUCCCUCAUCGAUGCCAGCGGCAUCCCCAUCACCACCGCCAACGACCCAGCCGACAACGCCUGGGUCAUCCCCCUGACCGGACCAGCCAGCGCUCCCACCGGCGCUGCCUGGGGCGCGCAAAUCCAAUAUAACAGCGACCUGGCUGGAAUACUCCCAGUCGCAUUCGGGACCCCUACCACCACCGCCAAACCCACCGCAACAGCGACAACAAAAGCAGCAGCAGCACCAACAACAACAACAGCAACGUUCGUAUCAGCCGGCUCGCCCGGCCAAAAGAGCGGAAACUUCGAGCUCGAAAUCGCGUUCAGCAACACCCUCCUCCUAUCGCAAGACACAAGUCUGAACAUCACCUCCACCAUAAACAAAACCAACUCAACAACCAUACCCUCCCUCCCCGUCGGCCUCAACCUCGGCCUCCAAGACAAAUGGAAUGGCUCCAUUGUGCUGGGAGGUAACUACGACUCCAAUCGCAUCUACGACGAACCGCACUGGCAAACCACCCCGGAAACCAGCGCCGGCAACACCAGCUUCAUCGAUACAGGCAUGUUAGACAUCAGCGCCGUCAUCCUCCAACUCUACACCACGCCCAACGCUACAACCAGCAGCAAAGACGCAGAAUACCCGUUCGGCGGUACCAGCGUGCAGGAGACGAGUAAGACUCUCCCCGCCAUGCUGGACUUUAAUUCCGAGUUCCUGUCCGUGCCGGAUGAAUCCUGGUGCGGACGGAAUAUCUCGAUCGUGUUUAAUCCAGAUAGCGAGUCAUAUCCGAUAUUUGAUAUUCCAGUUUGGGCCGAGCUGGUUCCCAAGGAGAGGUGUCAGGUAUCCAGUGGGAAGGUUGUGCUUGGACGGCCGUUCUUCCAGGCUGCCUAUGUGUAUGUGAACUCGGCGGGCGAUGUGUAUUUCAGUUCGAUCACUACGGAGGACGUGGAUGUUGCGACCAAGCCGUUUGAUUUGCAUGUGCAGCUUUCGGAGGCGGUCAAUGGUACUGAGACUUAUGGGGGAGGGAAUGGAACGGCGACAGGGUCGGGGAGUGAUGCGAUGGGGACCUCGGGGGCGGGAAGGUUGGGUGUUGAGGGGGUUUGGGGGGUGGUUGUGGGGAUGGGGUUGUUGUUACUGAUGUGAAGUGGAGGGUUUUUUGAUGUCUUUGUACGAUGUGAGCAGGUGUGUGUUAUGAUUUUGUAAUAUAGGUUCGCUUCUUCGGUCUGUUGUAUGACAGGCUGGGUUUUCUUGAUUGAGUGGGUUGGACGUCUAUACCCGUUGAUGGCAGCUUGGAGGUUAUGCUUUUGGUAACGUGAAUUGGAUUUAUGUCAUUAUCAACCUUCCACUUACUAAAGGAGGCAGACUGAUGUCUAUAAUAUUCAUAUCUACUGCAUGAGAG